AUAUGGGGGGGAAAUGACGCGAGGGGACAGAUAAGUCACGCGACUAGUACAAGCAAGCAUCACUUGUCUAGCGCAGGUAUCCAGCGCGUUUAAUCAUGUCUUCGGUGAGAAUACCUGUAGCAGGAACAGUAAGCAGCCUGGGCUCUGGGGAGGAGCAGCACAGCAGAAGUGCUCUGGGCCUGCCGUGUAUCGCCCCUCUGGUGCGGUCGGUGGAGGAAACACCAGAGCCCAUUGAAACCACCGUCCGCGGGAACAUCCCAGCCUGGAUCAAUGGCAGCCUACUGCGCAAUGGCCCGGGCAAGUUUGAGUUCGGCAAGGAGAGCUUCAGCCACUGGUUUGACGGCAUGGCCCUUCUUCACCAGUUCAAGAUGGAGGGUGGCCAGGUGAGCUACAAGAGCCAUUUCCUGCGUAGCGACAGUUACAAGUCCAACAGCGAGAACAACCGUAUCAUGGUGUCAGAGUUUGGGACCCUCGCCAUGCCGGACUCCUGCAAGAAUUUCUUCCAGCGUUUUCUGUCCUCCUUCGAAGUGCUAAAACCCACAGACAACGGCAACAUCAAUUUUGCCAAGUACAAGGGAGACUAUUAUGUCACCACUGAGACCAACUUGAUGCACCGGGUUGACCCUGAGACCCUGGAGUCAAUGGGGAAGGUGGACUGGAGCAAGUUCAUUGCUGCCAAUGCAGCCACAGCUCAUCCCCACUAUGACCCUGAUGGAACGACAUACAACAUGGGCAACUCGUACACCUUUAAAGGGGCCUUCUAUAACAUCAUCCGUGUGCCUGCGGGGAAGGCUGGGCCAUCCGAGACACUAGAGGGCGCUAAAGUGCUGUGUUCCAUACCGUCAUUGGACAGGGCCAAACCCUCUUACUACCACAGCUUUGUCUAA